AUGCCAAAAGUUCUGAGAAUCACAAAAGUGAGUGGGGAACGACAAUACGCGAAAGUAGCGCUGGAAAAGAAAAUAGCGGAAAAACUAAUAGAAGAAGGCCGAUUGAGGGUGGCCCUCACUAGCUGCCGGGUGAGAGAAAGCGAGAAAAAGAUAGAUAAAUGCUUUAGAUGCUGGGAGGCAGGACAUAUAGGCUCACAGUGCAAGGGCACAGACCGCAGUAGCCUGUGCCACAAUUGCGGCAAGGAGGGACAUAAGGCCAGAGAGUGCGGGGAUAGCCCGAACUGCGCAUUAUGCGAAAACGUGGAGCAGGGCUCGGGAAAGGGCCACAGACCAAACGACAAGGAUUGUAAGCAUAAACCGGUAGGAGGAAGUAAGAAGGACGUGUGCUACAAGUGCGGUAAAACGGGUCAUAUCGCGCGUGAGUGUCAAAUGAGCAAAGAAGGACAAAGCGAAGUAAAAAAGACAUAA